AUGAGCAGUUUCAUCAUCGAGGCCACCGUUGUCAUACUCUUGUUGCUUUAUCGGCACUUGAACAAGUUCUGGGGCUAUCUGGAAGCCUUGAGCGUUCCAAUGAUCCAAGAAAACAUCUUCAGUGUCCAUAAGCUCGUUUUCCCCAAGUUCGAUCAAGCUUGUCUCAAGAAGUAUGGCAAGAUUUGGACCAAGUACGAGGGCUUUGUUCCCCACAUCUUCGUUGCCGAUCCAGACUUACUCAAGGAGAUCAUGAUCAAGAACUUUGAUUGCUUCAUGGAUCGCCAGCAUUUCCCCAUUGGCGAGAAGCUUUGCUCGUUGAUCACAUCCCGAUCAGACGCUUGGCACGCCAUGCGGAAACUCAUUUCUCCGCUCUUCACCACGGCCAAAGUCAAGCCAAUGCUUGGGUCCUUGACAGCAGUGACCGAUGAGUUCAUUGAGAACGUGGAAAAGAAACGGAAACAAGGCCAAGACGACACUGUGGAUUUCAAGCCGUUGCUUCAGUACCUCUCGUUGGACGCUGUGGCUUCAUGUGCCUUUGGAAUUGAAGGCAAUUCGUUCCAAAAACCCGAGAGCGACUUGUACAAGAGGUGCUGCCGAUUGUUCAGCGACUUUCGAUUGCGAUCCUUUGGCGAAUCCAUUGCCUUUUAUAUUUGCUCGCGGAUCCCUAUACUCUUGAAGAUUGUGGACUUCAUUGGCAUGAGUAAUUUUGAGUACCUCUUCAAUUUUACCAAGAACAUCGGUUACAAUCGACAGAAAACACGUGGAGACUUCAUCGACAAAUUGAAUGAGACCCAAUUGAAGAACUUGGAGUGCAAAGGUGAGCUCAACGAGAAUCAGAUCUACGCUCAAGGCAUUGGUAUCAUCCAGGCAGCGUUUGAAACGACUUCAAACACGAUGGGCACACUUUUGCACAUGCUGGCCAAACAUCCAGAAGUCCAGAGCAAAUUAUUCGAAGAGAUCCAAGACGUCUUUGGUGACGAGAACGUGGAUGAAGCCGUCACCAUGGACAAACUCACCCAACUCACCUACAUGAACGCAGUCAUUUUUGAAAACCUGCGCAUAAACCCUCCAGUGUGCAGGCUGGAUCGAACUUGCAUCAAGGACUGCAAGAUUGGUGACAUUCAAUUUAAGAAAGGAACGAUCAUUCAAAUCCCCGUCUAUGCCAUUCACCACCACGAGGAGUUCUAUCCUGAGCCCGAGUUGUUCAACCCAGAUCGCUUCCUGGGUCUGUCAGCGCCCCCUCGCGGAGAUCUCACGUACCUCAGCUUUGGGGCCGGUCCAAGAUAUUGCGCGGGUAUCAAAUUCGCCAUGGCCGAGAUCAAAAUCACCCUGCUCAAGGUUUUGCGGACAUUCAUACUGAAAGACUCGUCGAAGACCAAGCUUGAGAUCCUCGGAGGGGACUUGUUCUUCCUGCUCUAUCCGGAUAUUCAUCUGGACCUGGAAAGACGCCCUCUAUAAGAAUUUAACUAAAAACAACGUGUCUGCAAACUUGCUCAAUGAUUUGUGUGUCAAAUGUCCGCGUCAAACAGUGAAUCAUAGGUCUGUCUAUCUUACGUACUAUAUGAAACGAAUAAAUGAACAUAUUUGAA